AUGAGAGGAGAUAGAAAUAUAAGUCAAUCUUUCUCAACUUUCCCGGUAUCUUCAUUAAACAACAACAAUAAUAAUAAUAAUAACAACAAUAAUAAUAGCAAUAAUAAUAAUAAUAAUAUUAAUAGUAGUAAGAGUAAUAGCAAUAUAAGUAAAGUUAGCAAUAGCAAUAACAAUAGUAGUAGUAAUAGUGGUAUUAGCAGUGGUAGUAAUAGUAAUAACAAUAGUAGUUUUUAUAAUAAACAAGCAUAUCACCAAAGUUUAAGUAUUAGUAGUGGUAAUUUUUUACAAAAUAAUGGUAUAAACAGUAAUAAUAAUAAUAAUACUAAUACUAAUGGUAGACAUAUCGCAAAAGGAUUACAACAAUCUUCAUCCACUUCAUCAGUACAACAACAACAAUUACACCAUAAUAAACAUUUAAGUUUAAGUUCAACAGUAUCCAAUAGUCAAAAUAGUAUUAAUAGUAGCAAUUAUAGUAGUAUAAAUAAUCAAUCAAAUUAUGGUGGAGGUAGUAAUAAUAUGCCUUUAUUCUUAUCGAAUGGACCAAGCUCUUUCCCUCCACCACUUAGAAAAUUUAGACAUAUAAAAUCAAUCAUUGGAAGAAAUCUUGAACCAUUAUCAAUAGUUAAAGGUCAAUCUGCAAAACCAAUUCUAUAUUCAUGUUAUUAUACAUUACACGCACCACCACAACAACCAAUUUAUGAAACUUUUAUUUUCCCUCAUAAUAAUAAUAAUCAAAAUAAAUCAAUUCAAGAUAGUAAUGAAUAUAAUAAAAUAAUUAAUGAUGAUACAAUAAAUACAACUCCAAAUAAAUUAAAUGGUGUUCAAUAUAAUAAUAAUAAUAAUAAUAAUAAUAAUAAUAAUAAUAAUAAUAAUAAUAAUAAUAAUAAUAAUAAUAAUAAUAAUAAUAAUAAUAAUAAUAAUAAUAAUAAUAAUAAUAAUAAUAAUAAUAAUAAUAAUAGUAGUAGUGGUAAUAAUAAUAAUGAAAAUGACUUGGAAUUUGAAAAUUUAAAAGAUAUGUUAAAUGAGUUAACUAGUGAAGAGGAUGAAAGUACUGCUAAUAAUAAUAUAGAUAAAGAUAAACAACAAACAAAAAAUGAUAUUUGUGAUGAUAAUAAUAGUAAUGAAAACAAUAAUGAAAAUAAUAAUGAAAAUAAUAAUGAAAAUAAAUUUCAAUAUCAAAAUGAUGAGAAUUGCUCUGAUAAUGAUAAUGAUGUAAAUAAUGAAAAUGAUAACGAAGAAGAUGAUGGUGAUGAUUUACCACCAGCAUUUUAUACGAGUGAAGUUGUACCAAAUUCAAAUAACCCAUUAUGGAAUCCAUUUGAUUGUUAUAAACAACUACCAAUAGAAAUUUUAGAUACAUUUUGCUCAUUUAAUAUAUGUGUAUGGGAUAAAAAUAAUGAAGAAUCACCACCGAUUUAUCAAUCAGAUAUUGAUUUGACACAAUUAGAAUUUAUUGCAACCGAAAUUAAACAGUUUUCAAAUAUGAUUUUACCAAGUAACUCUAUCAUUUUCGAAUUAAAAGAUGGUUUUUAUAUAACAAGAGAAACUAAAAUGCAAAUGAAUUCACCAAAUUUAAAUGAUAUUCAAAAAAUUAUAAAUAAUGAAAAAAGAAAAGCGAUUACUGGAAAUAAAACUCUUUUCUUAUGUAUAGUAGCUAAAAAACUUUAUAAUAUUAGGACUUUAGAAAAUUCUAAACGAUUAUCAAAAGAGAUUGAAGAUAGAUUGGAUAGAGAGAGUGAAUAUUUAGAGAAACAAAGACAAUUGGAAAAUCAAAGAAAUCGAAUCAAUUUAUUGAGAGAGGAAGCACUCACUCAACAAAAUCAAUUACAGGGAGAUCAAGACAAAUUCAAUCACUUGAAAAGAGGUUUAGUACCACGUUCAGUUGCAUUAACAAAUGCUGGUAUUCAAUUUUAUAAAUCUUUUAGACAAUUGAUAAAGAGUACUGAAGUUUUGAAAAUGGAUACUCAAUUAUUGAGAAAUCUAAAAGUAUCUUGGGAAAAGAAGAAAUGGAAUUUGAUAACACAAAUUAGAUCGAUCUAUCCAAUUGGACAAGGUAAUAAAAUGUUGACUAUCAAUAGUUUGCCUUUACCAAAUUCAGAUUACAAUGGUUUCGACGAGGAACAAAUUGCAACUGCACUUGGUUAUGUUUGUCAUAUAUUACAUUUAGCCUCGAAAUAUUUAGAUAUUCCAUUAAGAUAUCCAAUGACUCCAAUGGGUUCUCGUUCAUUCAUCAAAGAUGAGAUCUCACAUCAUUCCUCCUCAAAAUUCCCCCUUUAUUCAAAAGGUGUUGAAAAAAAAAUCUUUGAUUAUGCUGUUUUUUUUUUAAAUAAAAAUUUAGAGCCACUUUUUAAUAGUCAAGGUUUAUUUGGAAACUUUUUAUUAAAAGAAACUUUACCAAAUGUCCAAAUUUUAUUAGGUAAAAGUAAAAUUAAUGAAUUAUUUAAUCAUAAUAACCACCCCCCACAAAUUAAUUAA